AUGGAGCACGUCUUCAUCCCCAUCACCUUCGUCCAGACGGACGAGGCAGGCGACAAGCUCGACAAGUCCGACUGGGGGAAGAUCGCCAGGUACAACAGGAUCCUAGGGAGCGUCAGGAUGCAGCAGACACGAUCCAGACCGACGUCGUUCUGGCUCAACGACACGAUGGAGUCAAGGCUGCUGGCACAACGCGUGCGGUACCUGGAAGCGAGGCAUUGGAUCGACAGACAGACAGACUUUGUGGAGCUUGUCAUCAGCUUGUACAACGGAGAGCUGAGCGUCUUCACAGAGGCCGUGCUGACGCUGCAGAUCGAGAGGGGAGGCUUCAUCGACAACGAGUUCUCCAUCUCCUCCAUCGUGCUCGACCCUUACAAGCUGAGCCCUGCUCCUGCUUACCUGAGCGACGCCGGUUGGCUCGUCUGCCUGCUCAUCUUCACGCUCAUCACGUUGUCAUCCGUCCCUGACGUGCUACUCGCCCUCAUCGUGGAAACUUUCGCUGCCGCCGCCAACGACAUCUUCCACUUCGUCCUUGUCUUCCUCACCAUCGUCUUUUGCUUCGCCAGCAGCGGCACCCUCCUCUUCGGGCAUGAAGUGACCGGCUUCUCCUCCGUCGGCGUCUCCUUCAUGACGUGCUUCGAGCUGCUC